UUUAGAUUUCAGAAUUUAGUACCUGCAGUUGGCGAAGUUUCUAUGAUCUUCGAGUGAAAAUUUUAUAGCAUGUUAGAGAGGAAAACCAGUUUGAACGCAGCAAAAAUGAUCUGUUAAAUAAGUGGAAGAAAUAAGACGUCAAAGUAAAUUCCGAACUGGAGAAACAUGCAGUGAGUUUGAAGCAAAAUUUUUGAUGAAUUCUUGCACCAAGCAAGUCGAAGCUUCUCGUACGCUGGCCCUAGCCGAUUCUCAGGAUGCCUUGUUCAGAGACACAGAAUUUUGUCACUGCUCUUCAAGGAGAUUUGGCUCGAGAGCAAAAGCUUUCUGCAUCGCUCUCGCCUCUUCUGGCUUCUGAUGAGGAAUAUGUAUCGGCGGCACAGAGAGACCAAUGUCUGCAGCACCUUCUCAAACUCAGCCUUCAUUUUGGUUUCGAGCCAGAAACUUUUGCGUUGGCUGUGAAUUACACAGAUCGAUUCCUUUGCAAAGUGAAGGCUCACACAAAGUAUUUGCAGUGUAUUGGACUUACUAGCUUGUAUGUUGCUGCAAAAAUGUCGGAAGAGGAGGAAUUUGUUCCCAUGGCUACAGACUUUGUCAAUGUCAGCAGGGCACAGUGUACAGCAUCAGAUCUGCUACGAAUGGAAGGCAUCCUGUUGCAGAAGUUGGAAUGGAGCCUUUUUGUGCCAACACCUGUUCUUUUUCUUCAAAAGUUUUGUGACCUGCUACAGCUUUUUGGUUCCCUGUCUUAUGAGUUUGCUUCCACUAUUGUUCAACAUAUUCUCCCAAAGAUACUUCGACUGCUUUGCCACAGUUCCUUCGCAGAACAUAAGGGCUCAACUUUGGCUCUGGCUCUGCUGCAGUAUGAGAUUUCACCACUUAGUCCCUCACUUUGUUCAGCUCUUGAUGAUGUUAUUAAGAUCCUACAGAUUGAUUAUGGGGCAUUUAUGCACUGUCUGGGCCUGGUCCAAGAUUUUAUGGAUUGUCAAGCAACAUUUCGCAAGAAGAAAUUCAAGUCAAGGAAGAGAAGGAAAAGCUCACGCUCAAACAGCUUGCAUAUUUUGCCAACAAUCUACGAAAGCACUGACAAUCAAAAUGAUUAUGAAGGAAGUGAGAUCAGUGAUGAUGUUUUUGAUGAUAGUGCUGCAGAACAGAUGGACGAAGGCUGUGUAGACAAUGAUCACAAUAACAACAUGACCCAGAAAAACUGCAUGCCUGUCUAUGAUAGCAGUAAUGAUUGGCUUGAUGACAAACAUGAGUUCCCAGACAUCUUUGAAACUCUAUCUACACCAAUCAGGCGAACAAGGAAGUCUGGAAAAGUACGUUUUAACCCAACUGGUCAGACAAGUCAUCCAGACAAGCCUCUGUACAGUACAAUUGUCAAGACGUCUUGGAGCAGUAUUGCAUACGUCUAUCAGGACCACUCAUUUGAGCUUUGCACAGAGACAGUUGCUUUUUAGGCAGUUGAGGUGACAACACUUGAUGAGUUUUAUAAGUUUUUAUAAAAAAUAUGAUCUUAGAUUAGCUGGGUACAGGAUCGUUUGCAGUUAUGUCAUUUUAUGCAUACUGGAGAAUAAAUGAAAUUCUACAAGAUUUCUGAAAUAUGCUCGAUAAUCCCCUCCACGUAGACAAAAGAAGUAUCUUCUCUGUUUUCUAAAGAGCAUGAAUUGUUUCACAAUUUUAAAUGUGUGCACUGUCAAAAUCUUUUUUCUGAUAGUUACACAAUAUUUGAAGUAAAUUCACAAGCACAGAAAGAUUCUUAACACUGCUGUUGCAAUAGAGAAGUUAUGUCUCUACCACUCAGUAUGCAGAUGUUUUGAUUAUUGCAUUUUAACUUUCAAAGUUGUUAACUAUAUAAUUCUUUUAAUUGAUGUAUCAUUUAAAGCUAUCUCUAUGUAAGUUAUUGAUAAAGUUGAAAAAACCUUGAAAUGAUCCAUUAAUCACCUAUGUGUAUUUGUAAUAUUUUGUCCCUGAAUAUGGGACCAUAUUUAUAAUCUGUGCAAUAGAGCCGUGUUAAAAUGGCCAGAAUUUCUAGAUUUUGUUAACUAUUGUGAAUAUGUAUUGUUUUGCAUGCACUUCAGAUUUUUUCCCAUGACUGGGUUAUCCCCUUGUAUCAUUUCGCAAUACCAGUUGUUUGUUUAACUUGUUUGUUUAACAUGUUUGUUUGUUUAGUUUUGCUUGUAAAUAAGCUGAAUGUAUCCAGUGUAAGUAUAAUUCUGUAAAUUUUUAAAAAACCUGGACCAAAAAAAUGUAAAAAUGUAAAUAAAAUUGAACAAUUUUGAAAAAAAGAACAAAAUUCUUUACAACAUGAA